GCGGUCGGCUGGAGCGAUCGCCCGCUCCUCAAAUGUACAAAUAAAUAACGAAUAAUUUGACGCAUAUCUGGGGAGAGCGUAGUAAGACGCAACACUCCUGCUGUAAAACAAAAGUAAACGUGACAUAGUUAUGGAGAAGACAGCAGAUCAACUAGAAGUCACAGUCCAAAAAGCUGACACAAAGCUGGACCUGAUUGCAUGGAAGCUUGAGAAAUGCGAGAAAGAGUUGUUUCAUUUGGACGGCACUGAGGUUUCAGUGAUUUCACUUCUACGAGGUGUUAACCAGGUGAAGGAGGAGUAUGAGAAUCUGAGAAGAGAAAUAUCGGAAGUGCAGCAGCUACAGAAGCAGUUGUCUGAUUCUCUUAGAUUGCAGCUGCGUCAGGUACAGGGUAGGUUCGGUUCACUUCGUGAGCGUAUAAUCAAGAGUCAGCAAAACAACUGAAACUGUAAUUCUAUACUUCUUUCUUAUUUUUUUAUGACAUGAAAGAACCUUUUUCAAAUGAUGUAAUUGUAACAUCUUCCACAUGAGGGUUGCCAUGUUCUCCAUUGAUAAAUUUCGUAUUUACAAAUUCAUGAAGACUGUCAACUUGGUGAGGGGAGUUUUCCAGAUCUGAAUUUUGAAGACUGUAAAAAUUAAUGGCACAUUAUUAGAAAACAUUUACAUUUUGUAACUAUUAUUGUUUUAUAUGACUAUUCUUAGACAUCUGCAGCAUUGCAAAUUUUAUUGAAUACUCUGCAGAUUACAAAUACUACACAGCCAUACCUAUGAUGAGUGUGUAGGAAGUAAAAAUAUGUGAUACAUAUCUUGAGCCAGCUGGUUCACUUAUUCUUUCUAUAAUGAUGAUAAAACCAAUAAAAAAGUGUUUCUUUAAGUGUGAAGUGCAAUAGCUUAGAUAUAUUUAUUUUGUUUCAAUAUUAUUCGUAUUUACGACUAUGUCACAAAUGUCUUAAAAUUCAUAAGGUAUUUGAUGUAUGUAUUUUCAUGUUUUUGCUAUGACAUGUUUUUGAUGUAAUAUGGAAUUUCAAGGAAUGGUAAACAAUAGUUUGCCAUGGUUCUAUCAUUACAAAUAAUUCCAAGACAGACAGGUAGUCUGUUUUCUGUAUACAUUUAUGUACAUUCUGUAAGCCACAGAAAAUGUGAGUGCUAUAUUUUGUGUGCUUCAUUUUAAAAACUCCAUUAAGUUUGGAGAGAUUCGGAAUUAUCAUUCAAAAAUUCUGUAUAACAAUGCAUGACUUAAAUGUCAUUAUUUGUCUUAUGUGGACUGUUUA